AUGGACAGAGAUCUCACGCUAGAAAAGCACCUUUUGAGUCGAAGUUUCGAUUCGGAGUCAGAAAUCGUCCAACUCUUGGAACUGAGGUAUUCUGUGUUUGGCGGUCAGAAACCGUUUAUUCCACUUGUGCCUACAGAAGGUGAACCAGGCGAAGAGAAGCUACUGGAAGAUGGAUUACUGGUGAAAAAGGGCGGCAGGGUUCCCCUGGAACGUAAGAAAUCCACCAGAGCCGAGCUUAAACGGUACAUUAAGCUGACGCUAGGAAAGCAGAAGAGGGCAGUCAGAUCGGUCCAGCAUAACCCGAAAACGAACGUGGAUUUGUUGGUUGAACGGUUGCAGAUUCCUCGGUACAGCGAGUAUACGGGGCUCCAUUCGUUGUGGAAUAAGUAUAUGGCAGACUUGCUUUUUGGCGAGAACAAGACUCCCAGUACGAGUAUGGUGUUGCCUAAGCUAUCUACUGCUGAUUAUAACGGGUGUAUUGUGCGUGUUUUGGAGUCACGGAACAGGAAUAUGGUGGGAAUUGAAGGGAUAGUGGUGUACGAUGCCCAGCAUUCGUUUAUUGUGGUUGUUCCUCAAAAGACUGAUCUAGAUAAAGGGCCUGCAGUUUCGCCUGCUGAAAGGGUAGGAGGCCUUCGAGUGCUUGCAAAGAAGGGGCUGCUUUUUGGGUUUGACGUCGAGACAGAUAAUGGAACUAUGGGGUUCACGAUUAUGGGCUCCCGGUUCGAACACAGGUCAACCGACCGUUCAGGACGUAAAUUCAAAGCCCACAACGUUGACGAUAUCCUCUAG